AUGGCAUUCAACAAAGUGGUCGCGGUUCUUACCGUGGGUCUCGCCGCGGUUCACGGUGCAGUUCCAACAAUCCCCGGCUUCAGUCUGACGUGGAGUGACGACUUUGUGGGAUCUGCAAACAGCUUGCCCAAUACCGGCAACUGGAUCAUCGACACCGGUACCUCCUACCCUGGCGGCCCUGCCAACUGGGGCACCGGAGAGAUCCAGACCUAUACCAGCAGCGUCAAUAAUCUUCGUAUCAACGGAAACGGAGCUCUCCAGAUUACAGCCAUCAAAGCUUCAUCUGGUUCUUGGACAUCUGCUCGUAUUGAAUCUCAGCGCGGAGACUUCAUGGCCCAGGCUGGUGGCAAGAUGCGCAUCCAAGCUAGUCUCAAUCUUCCCGUUGUUGGUAGCAAUGGCAUUGGGUAUUGGCCAGCAUUCUGGACUCUUGGGAAUGCAUACCGCGGCAACUAUUGGAAUUGGCCUGCCAUUGGUGAGUUUGAUAUCAUGGAGAACGUCAACGGAAUCAACCGCGUUUGGGGUGUCAUGCACUGUGGUGUCAACCCCGGAGGUCCCUGCAAAGAGACUGACGGCCUCGUCGGAAGCCGCGAAUGCCCCAACACCGCCUGCCAGGGUAACUUCCACACCUACACCCUCGAGGUUGACCGCACCGCUGAGCUCGAGGCUGUGAGGUGGUUCGUUGAUGGCAUUCUAUUCUGGCAAGUCGUUGAGACCGAUUUGCCCGCAGACGUUUGGACCCAGGCGGUCCACUCGCCUCACUUCAUUCUGCUGAACUUCCCUCUCGCCUAA